AUGCCUGCUUCCUUCAAGCGUUACGUCGAGGUUGGCCGUGUUGUCCUCGUUGAGGAGGGCCCGUCCGCCGGCCAGCUCGCCGUCAUCGUCGAGGUCAUCGACCACAACAGGGCCAUCAUUGACUCGCCCACCACCGGCGUUAGCCGCCAGGCCUUCCCCUUCAAGCACCUCACCCUGACCAAGCUCAGCGUGCCCGGUCUUCCCCGUGGUGCCGGCUCGACGGCCGUCAAGAAGUUCUUUGACAAGGCUGGUGUUGCCGAGAAGUGGUCGCAGUCCGGCUGGGCCAAGAAGCGCGCUGCCGUCAAGACCCGCCGCUCGCUGUCGGACUUUGACCGCUUCAACGUUAUGCUGCUCAAGAAGCAGCGCCGCAACGUGCUCUCGCCCGCUGUCAAGAAGGCCUCGGCCUAA